AUGCAAAUUAAGUCCAUUCCCAUGAGAUGGGGCUCCGGUGACAACUACGCCUACCUCGUCAUUGAUACCCCAACCAAGCAUGCUUGGUUGAUCGAUGCAGCUGAGCCGGAAGACGUGUACAAAUAUCUCAAGGAGAACAAGCCUGGCUUCGAAUUGAAAGCCAUUGUCAACACCCACCACCACUACGACCACUCGGACGGGAACAAAGAGUUCCACAAGAAGUACCCUGACUUGCCAGUGGUGGCAGGCAAGGACUCGCCAUUGGUUUCGUACACUCCUUCCCACCAGGAAGUAAUUGACUUGGGAGACAAUCUUUCCAUCACCGCAUUGCACACUCCCUGCCACACCCAAGACUCCAUCUGCUACUACGUGGAGGACUCCAAGACCAACGAGCGUGCUGUGUUCACGGGAGACACCUUGUUUGUCAGUGGCUGUGGUCGUUUUUUCGAGGGAAAUGGCGAAGAAAUGGACAGAGCCUUGAACAAGGUCCUUGGAAAGUUACCCAAGGAUACCAAGGUGUAUCCUGGCCACGAAUACACCAAGCUGAACGUGAAGUUUUCCUCCACCAUCUUGAAGAACGCAGCAAUUGACAGAUUGGUCAAUUUCGUGAAGACCAACGAAUUCACGACUGGGGAGUUCACCAUUGGAGACGAAUUGGAACAUAACCCGUUCAUGAGAUUGACAGACCCCCAGGUCCUCAAAGUCACCGGAGAACACGAUAGAACGGCUGUGAUGACAAAAUUGAGAGAAUUGAAGAACAACAGCUAG